AUGGCUUCCGAAAUGAGCAGAGCCACUAAUUAUUGUUGCGAGUGUAUCGCGUCGCAAGGACGAUGCAGUGCGGACACAUGUCCAUGUGUGGCGGCAAGGAAGACGUGUGAUGAGCAUUGUGAGAGUACAAGAUACCGAGGGGACUGUCUCAAUCAGGCGAUUUGCAAGUGUUCGUGUGAGGUGGAUCCGGCGAAACCGGCGAAAAAUGCGUGCUCGAAAUCCGAGAGAUGCGAUUGUUUGAGGAUAAAGGAGGGGUGCAGCAAGUUAUGCGCGUGUAAGCAGAUUUGUAAGAAUAAGGAAGCCCCAAAAAAACUGGCAAAAGUGGCCAAACCCACUUCCGGAUGUCAAUGUGCAAAAGGCAAAAAGCAAUGUGUGAAGAAAGAAUGCGCGUGUCGGACAGUCUACGGUUUCUGCUCGGCCGCCUGUAAAUGUUCCGGAGACUGUACGAAUGGAGCAUCGAAAUUUUCCGUCCCAAAACACGUCCAGAACUGUUUCCUCGAGCACAAGCACGAGUCGUCUGGGUUGAUUGUGACGCUUAUCGGAGAGGACUAUGUCUAUCGAGGCGAUUUCUAUCAUGAAUCAAAAGGGGAGCCUCAUGUCGAAGAGCAAUUGGUCGCGGCGAUCUACGAUUUGAUCUCCAAAUACACCGUCGACCUUCAUGAAAUCCAGAUUUUCGUCUCAAAAUCCCCGUGCUUUCAUCAGGAUUGUGAGCCGAAAUGUGAGGUGGUAGAUGAGUGUAAGAGUAAUAAGGCGUGCGCCAAAUUACUCGGAUUACUCCUCAGCAAAGUCCGCAAGGAGAUCAAAAAAGUCGAUGUGAAAAUGACCGUCAAGUUCUUGUACCCACACUUGAAUCGAGGAGAUUUGUACACGAAACAAGGGAUUCUGUGUAUGCUUCAAGCUGGAAUUAAGGUGGAGCCUCUGCUGAUGAAGGACUGGUGUGCAAUUAUGGAUUGGAGUCCACAUGUAGAUCAUAAGGGAGAUUAUUUGCAACUUUGGAAUAAUCAUCAUUUGGAUAAGGCGGUCGCCCAGUCGCAGCUCUUCAUCAACGAAUGUCGUCGAGCUCUGGGUCUCUCAAUGAAAUUCUGGGUGGCAGAAAUCCAUGAAAUCGUCAAAGAUACGAUCCUCCACUUCUCUGAUCUACGCACAAAAUGCGGAGAUCUGAAUGAUGCGUUGAAACAGUUGGAUCUCACCGCGACUCCACACAAAAUCCGAUCGACUCCGUCGAAGCGACGAAGCUUCAUUGAUUUGCACGAGCUGAGGGAUAAACUGUUGAGAUCGUCGUCGUCGGAUGGCGGAAAGAAGGCCGGGUCUCAUGUGUCAGUUGCCAGCGAGGACGCACAAGCGCAAGCAAUGGUCGCCUCAUUCUGUGGCCGCUCGUUCGACGACUGUGAGACUGAUGAAAUCGCUCAACGCAUCCGUCGUGCCACAGCGAACAUCAAUCUGGAAAUCGAGACGCUCAUGGAGUUCCUGAAUCAUAAGGGAGCGCUUUCAUAA